AUGAAAGCACCUAAGGACUUUCAAUGGACUGAAAAAUGCCAGAAAGCCUUCGCCGACUUAAAGGUAUACCUGGCUGAGCUGCCUACUCUGACCGCCUCGGAGCAGGGAGAGACCCUGUUCCUAUACUUGUCUGCCUGCAACGAGACCGUUAACACGGUUUUGGUGCGGGAGAACAGGGGGACUCAAAGGUCAAUAUACUACGUCAGCCGUGCUUUACAAGAGUCGGAAACGCGGUACACGCCGGCAGAAAAGUUGGUCCUUGCCUUGGUGCACGCCGCCCGGAAGCUCCGACCUUACUUCCAGGCCCACAGCAUUGUUGUCAUGACGGAUCAACCCUUACGUCAGAUACUCACAAAACCUGAGGUUUCGGGCAGAAUGACCAAGUGGGCCGUCGAACUGGCCGAACACGACAUCGGCUAUCAGUCUCGCACUGAUAUCAAAGCUCAAGCCCUAGCAGACUUCCUCGUCGAGGGAGCCAAUUUAUCCGUGACUGAGUCGAGCUCUUUGCCCGAGGAGGCACGGCCAGAAGAGCCAUGGAUACUAUUUGUGGACGGGGUCUCAAGUAAGGAAGGGAGCGGAGUCGGCCUGCUACUCACCUCGUCCACCAGGGAGGAGCUGACCCACGCGCUCACAUUUGACUUUCCGGCAUCCAACAAUGAGGCUGAGUACGAGGCCCUAUUGACAGGAUUGCGGAUAGCCCACCAGAUGGGUAUAACCGCGAUCAGGGUCCAGAGCGACUCUCAACUCGUAGUCUACCAGGUCUGCGGGGAGUACAAGGCCAACGAGGAUGUCAUGAAAAAAUAUUUGGCUAAGGUGCGAGAGGCGAUAACCCUGUUUGACAUUUUUGAGAUCGAGCAGGUGCCGAUGUCACAGAACAAGCGGGCGGACGCCCUAUCGAAACUGGCAUCCUCCUCGUUUGCCUACCUGAGCAAGGAAGUUUUGGUGGAGGUAGUCAAGCAAAAAAGUAUUGGCCAGGUCCAGAUCUUGGCUGUAGGUAGCCCGGCCUAUUGGAUGACCCCCCUCAUGGAUUUCCUCAGCUUGGGUGCCCUCCCCGUGAACAAAAUCGAGGCUCGCCGACUCCAGUUCAGAGUUACCAAGUACGCCUACUCUGGAGGGACCCUCUACCGGAGGUCGUAUUUGUCUCCCUGGCUAAAGUGCGUAACUCCUGAGGAGGGCGACUAUAUCCUUCGAGAAGUUCACAAAGGCUUAUGCGCGGCACAUGUGGGAUCUCGAGUGUUGGCCAAAAAGUGCCUACUCCACGGCUACUAUUGGCCCUCAGUAUUCCAGGAUGCCGCGGCGCUAGUUCAGCAAUACCGAACUUGUCAGUUUACUGAAAAUCCCUUCAGGAGCUGGUGCGCCGAGUUUAGGAUUAGCCAACACUUCACGUCGGUCGGUCAUCCCCAGGCUAACGGCCAAGUAGAAAACGUUAACCGAACCAUUCUGCUAGGGCUGAAGACUAGGUUGGAACUAGCCCGGUCUAAUUGGCUGAAAGAAUUUCCUAGUGUCCUUUGGGCUUACCGUACUACGCCAAGAACGGCCACUCAUGAGAUCCCGUUCUCCCUGACUUAUGGGCGGAGGCGGUGGUACCCGCAGAGAUCGGCCUCCCUUCGCCUCGGACACAGAAUUUCAUUGCGACAGCCAACGAAAAAGAAUUGA